GACCCGUCGUCGAUUUCGCGUACUCACGCCCGAGUUUGUCGUCACUGCCCAUCUUUUAUCACAACGCACGUCACACUUCAACGGUGUACAAUAUCGAUAAAGUCGUGUAUCGUGACUGAGUAUACUACUUGUUCCAUUACUCCGGAAGAUACUUCUAUUCCUCCGCCGCAAUGGAUCUAUCAGACCCCUGGUUACAGAUACAGCCGCUGCUUGCACAGUUGGAAGCAGAGGCAUCCACUCUGAGUCGUUCUCUGCUGUCUGACAUAGCAGAAAAGCUAUUAACAACUCUUCUCCUCGUGCGGACUGCCUUCAACGCGACAUGUCCCGUCAAUCACCUCCCCCCUGAGAUUUUCACCGAGAUCUUUGGCUUCUGCUCUCCUCCGCUCGAUCCUUAUCCUGAUGAUUCGCCUCGAAUAACGAAUACGGUCUGGCCAUCUCUCUUCGAUUUCAAAGACGUCGGGAAAUUGGUGCCCUUGACCCACGUGUGUCGUCAUUGGCGCGAUGUCGCAUUGCAGGCACCAUCACUCUGGACAACGAUACAUGGACGAUCAAAGACCUCUACAGCCAAUACAUGCAUCUCUCGCUCACAAGCUGCGGGACUAAAAGUAGCCUACAAUGGGCGCAGCCUGGGUACUGCGACAGACCUAUGUCGAACCAUUGGUCCUCAAAUCCAGACAUUAUUCUGCGAUGUUGCUACCUUCGACUACGACUUCGUAAGACGACGUUCACAAUUCCCCGAACUCCCUGGCGACAUCAUGGAGAAUCUAGGGGUCCUAGCGACAGCCCUAGAUCCUGAAUUAGUACCUCCAUCGCCCCCGCGUCUUUGGAGAGAGGAUAUACCUUUACUAAAGGUGCUUGUGUGGAGGGGAAUCCAGUGGUUCCCUGUUGACAAGUUUGGCAACCUCACGCACCUCUUCAUUGAAAGAACCACGGUGCCUGUGGCGAGGCUGCUCGGCCUCUUGUCUGAUACUCCGAGGCUAAAAGACUUGGGCCUAUAUAAUCUCUGUGAAUCCGACUCCUCGGAAUCAAGAACACGACACUCGUCUCCGCAUGCUCCAAGACCCGCCCUUUCUCAUCUGCGCCGUCUAUCCAUCUCUAACCCCGAUGAAAGUCUGAUCUAUAACCUCUUGACUCAUCUUGUCAUUCCCGCUCAUGUAGCAAUCAGCUUCGAAGAUUGCGAUGCAUCGACCUUGCGGUGGCUACCUCCCCUGGAGGCGUUUCAGGAUCUCACCUGUAUUCGGAUCUCAUCGGACGAUUCCGUCGUUGCUGUCAACACAUCAACUGCAGUACGUUUUCACACCUCUUCCGACAUUCAGCGACCCCAGUAUCGUACAUGGUUAACAGCACUUAUGUCGUUCCUGCAUAUGGGAGCUGUCAGAGAGGUUUGGCUCGAAGGCAUGCUUUCAUUAGGAGAGAAGACCCGCUUGGAGAUUCUACUCCCUGCCAUACCAUCAUUGAGUGUCUUGCACAUCCGGUGCGAGUCUUUCCUAGCGCUGAAGGGCUACCUAUCACUAUCGGCGGACCCGCCUCGCUGCACACACUUGACCAGCCUCCGUUUGUUCAAUUCGCCUUUCUCGAUAUGGCCUGAGGAGAUAUCUGAACUCGUCGCAUCGCGGGAAGCUAUAGGCUAUCCCCUGCAGCAAAUUAUAUUCAUGGACGCAGAACCUACGAUCGUUUUGAGGUACAUCGAAUCGGCUGAUCUGAAAACGGUACGGUUAAGGGGUCCAGACGAUGCAUCAGUAAUGCCUAUGCCUGAGGUGUGCACUGUAGGCGUUUCAUCACCACAUUUCUGGCCCAAGCAAUGGUAUAAAGCAUACCUAUACUAAAUCGGCUGAAACUACAUCUAUGUCAUACUGCCCGUCUUAGCUAUCUUACCUUGCUUAUGCUAUGUCGAUCGCGGCUUGAUAGUUUCUUACCAGUUGUUUAAAUCCGGUGUAAAGAAUUCGAUGAUCUCGUUAACUCCACCGG